GACUUUUAGUUUCGUUUCGAGUCUCGACGCUGGCGGUUGUGUGCUGCUGUUUUGGUGAUCAUAGAAAGUGACUUAAUUGGAGCCAUGCUGCGAUUCAGAUUAGGCCUGCUGCUGCUGUGGGCGGUUUCUGCCCUGGCGAACGACAAUCUUCGCGUGGCCUACGAGUGGCGGGAGAUGGACUUCAAGUACGCCAGUGCGGACCAGAGAUGGUCGGCCAUCGAGCGGGGCGAGUUCAAGCCGGCCAAUGUGAUACCCUUUGGCCUGGAGGUCGCCGGCCACCGACUCUUUGUCACCCUGCCCAGAUGGAGGGACGGAGUGCCGGCCUCGUUGGCCUACCUUGAUCUUAAUGAUACAUCCAGCAAGGGUCCUGCCUUGAAGCCGUUCCCCAGCUGGCAGGCCCACAAUCUUCAGGAGGCCGAACCGGAAUUGGUGUCUCCGUUCCGCGUGCGAGCAGAUCGAUGUGGACGCCUGUGGGUACUGGACUCUAGGAUCUCCGGAGUCCUGGAGGACACCAAGAUCUAUGGAGCAGCCCAGCUGCUGGUCUACGAUCUGCAUAAUGAUGAUUUGUUGAGACGACACGUUUUGCCAGCCGGCCAGUUGAAGCAGGGAUCGCUAUUGGCCAAUCUGGCUGUGGAGGACUCGGACUGUGAGAACACCUUUGCCUACGCAGCCGAUUUGGGCAGUCCCGGCUUGGUGGUUUACUCCUGGCAGGAUCAGGAAUCGUGGCGUGUGCAGCAUCACUUCUUCCACCCCGAUCCUAUGGCGGGUAACUUCAGCAUCAAUGGCAUUGAGUUUCAAUGGGAUGACGGUCUAUAUGGACAGGCCCUAUCGAAGCCCCUGGAAUCGGGCUACUCCACGUUAUAUUUCCACCCACUCUGCUCCACUACGGAGUUCUCGGUGGAUACAGCGGUACUGCGCAACAAGACCCUGGCCACAUCGCCGAUGAUUUAUCGAGAAUUCAAGGUGCUGGGCUCCAGAGGACCGAACACUCAGGCUGGAGCCGAGUUCUUGGACCCCGAUACCGGUGUCCUCUUCUACGCCCUGCCCAAUCUGAACGAAGUCGCCUGCUGGCGCACUGCCACAGACUUUAGCCACAGUUCCCAGAGCCGCGUCUACAUGAGCAAUGAGACCUUGGUGUUCCCCAGUGACAUCAAGGUAGACGAUCAGAAACGUCUGUGGGUCCUGUCCAAUCAGCUACCCGUCUUCAUCUACGAUGAACUGUACCCCGGCUCCAUUAAUUUCCGUAUUCUCACUGCCAGUGUUAAGGAGGCCAUUGAGAACACAGCCUGUGAAAUUAGAACUUCCCCGCUGCCAGAUGUUAUCAACAAGCUGGGGGAUAUCCUCAAUACUAAUAUCAAGGUGAGGGCCAAUUCGGCUCCCACCCUGGUGAGCCUGAGCUCCCUGAUGGUGGUUGGCUUGUGUUUGCUGAUGGGCUUUAGCAUCUAGAUCCCCAGAGCGGUACAUAAGUAUUUUGCACUGUUAAAGGAAGUAUUUUAUGUUUUCAAAGAUCAGAGAACUCGGAAUAAUUUGUUGCUUCUAGCAUUUUCUCUGAUUUCUUAAGCGUAAGAAAUAUUUUUAUUUGAGUGCAAUUGUAAUCCGUUAAGAUGUAGGCUUAAAAAACUUAAACGUUGUACGUGAAGUUGAUUAAAUGUAAGAAGUGUA